GUUAUAACCGGGGGGGGCUACGACAUUUUGACAAGUCAGAGAAGGAGCUUGUGCAACUGACAGAUAAGUGAAGUUUAAACUUUUUACCUUGGAUUUUAAAAGCAGCGUGAAGAUGGAGAAGAUGGCAAAUGGCAACAAGAGAGAUCAGUUGACUGGCCACUUGUUAUUCUGUGUGUGUACGGCAGUCAUUGGAUCUCUGCAGUUUGGCUACAAUACAGGGGUCAUCAAUGCACCUUAUGAGAAAAUCCAGGCGUUUUUUAGGACUGCCUCUCAGGAGCGCUAUGGGAAACCCAUGAAAGAAUCCACCGUUACAAACUUGUGGAGUUUUGCUGUAGCUAUAUUCAGUGCUGGUGGCAUGGUCGGUGCUCUGUCUGUAGGAGUGCUGGUCAACAAGUUUGGGAGACGCAAGUCUAUGCUCCUGUGCAAUAUCUUGGCUCUGAUCGGGGGUGGACUGAUGGGCUUGUCCAGUGUCUCCCGGUCAUAUGAGAUGGUGAUACUCGGCCGUUUGAUCAUUGGCAUCUUCUCCGGUCUCUAUACAGGUCUGACACCCAUGUAUGUGGGUGAACUGGCACCAACAUCACUGAGAGGAGCGUUCGGCACCCUUCACCAGUUAGGGAUUGUCGUUGGCAUACUUAUAGCUCAGAUCCUAGGUUUGGAUAUGUUGCUAGGUUCUCAAAAACUUUGGCCACUGUUGCUGGGACUGACGGUGUUGCCUGCAGUACUGCAGACCAUCAUGUUGCUGUUUUGCUCAGAGAGUCCUAGAUACCUGCUCAUCAACCUGCAGGAGGAGGACAAGGCUCGCCAAGUUUUGGUGCGUCUUCGUGGGAAUAAUGACAUUGAGGAUGAUGUUCGGGAGAUGAAGGAGGAAGCCAGUAAGAUGGCCAUGGAAAAAAAAGUGUCCAUCCUGGAGCUGUUUAGUAACCCCAUUUACCGGCAGCCUAUCAUCAUUGCCAUUGUCAUGAACCUCUCACAGCAGCUCUCUGGAAUCAAUGCCGUGUUUUAUUACUCUACAGAAAUCUUCAAGAACGCAGGUAUCACUGAGCCGGUAUACGCAACUAUAGGAGCAGGGGUAGUCAACACUAUCUUCACAGUGGUCUCGCUGUUUCUGGUGGAGCGAGCAGGACGAAGGACACUGCAAAUGAUUGGAUUGGGAGGAAUGGCUGUUUGUGCUCUUAUCAUUACCAUCACUCUUCAGCUACUGGUGGACCCAUGUGGAGAACAAGCAAAGAACGUUUCUGGAGCGGCGAUCUUGAAUGACUGCAAUAGAACUUUGGGGGCAACACCAGAUGUGGGUGCAUCUCCAGUGAUAAGCUACAUAGCCAUCGUAGCAGUUUUUGGGUUUGUAGCAACUUUUGAGAUUGGCCCAGGGCCAAUCCCAUGGUUCAUAGCAACAGAGCUAUUUGCUCAAGGUGCAAGACCAGCUGCAGUGGCUGUGGGUGGGUGCUCCAACUGGACGGCCAACUUCCUGGUGGGUCUGUGCUUCCCGCUUCUGCUGAGUGCAUGUGGACCAUACGUCUUCAUCAUUUUCCUCGUUCUUCUCGUGCUCUUCUUCCUAUUUACCUACUUCUGGGUUCCUGAGACUAAAGGUCGGACCUUUGAGGAUAUUGCCAGCGGAUUUGCUAGAAAGGCAGGUUCUGGCCCCACCCAGUCCUCUCAGACAGAGGGUGUGGCCACGAUGUCAGUCUCCUCCCCUACAGAGAAAGUUGCAAUGGUGGAAUUUAGUGGAAACGAGUCCAAAACUGGAGCUAACCCAUAGGGCUCAGGGAGAAAAAGGUUUCAUUUCAACUCAUAACAUUAUUAGAAUCUCCAGAGAGGAGAAACAGGAUGUCAAAAGACUGGUCUAGGUUCUAAGUGAGAAGACUCAUAAUAAUACCCACAUGGGGCAGAUUUAUUAAAGGAAGCACUAAAUUGAGCUGUUUUAGCUACCAUGAUGGCGUGUGUUGCCAGUGUAGAGAUGUGCAUGCAAAGGAAUACAGGCUUACAGCCUAUUUUAAAAAUGCCUGAAGCAGCAUAAACACCAUUUAUUGCAAGCGGUUGUGUCUAAAAGAAGUGAAUGAAUUGCACUGAGUCCGGUUUGGGACUUAAUUUGGCAGGCGAUCAGUUUCAGGGAUCCAAAUGAAUUUAGAAUCAAUAAAAGCCAUGUGUGAUUUGACAAUAAGCAAAUGGUUUUCAGGCACAUUAAGUAAUGCAUGCAAAGAUAAAGUAAAUAAUUGCUGUCAGCUUUUACAAAUCAGAGUGAUCUCAAUUUGUCUUUACACAGAAAGUUCUAGUUAAGUCUUACAUUCUGUUUAGGUAAAAAAAAAUUUAACAAUACUCCCAAAAUUCCCUAAUUAUCUCUAUCUUGAAAAGGAAAUAAGAUUAAAUGUCAUAAGUAUAAACCAUAAUAAGUCUCUGGGGAAUUUUCUCCCUGCAGUUGAAGCCAUCUCUUAUUCCUUCUCCCUGCUUUACACCAAAAUACACCCACCAUGAGGAAACAAGGAUAUAUUGGAUAUUCUUAAACAGUACUUCUACAUAUUCUGAAGUGAUGGAAGUAAUGUUGUCUCAUUCUCAAAUCAUUUAUUUAACGGAAUGUGAAAAUUAAAUGCGUAGCUAUCUAGGCAAAAUCUCUGUGAUCACUGCUCUGAUUUUAUAUGAGGAAGUGUUUUAAUAAGUAGCUUGUGUCUGUUUAAUAAAUGUACACACAGCAGUCAUGUUUCUGACAGUGCAAAGCUGUAAUAAAUCUGCCCACUGGGUUAAAAGUAGACAGUCUUUAAAAAAUCUUUAAAAUACUAAAUUCAAAGCCACUGUCAGUCUCAGGACCAGGUUAUAAGAGAACAACACGGUUUUAGCUUCUGAUUUUCUAGAAAAAAGAAAUAUUAGUAGUAAAAAUGUCAUUUUAUUUAAAGAUGGACACUGAUUUAUUAAAUAUUAAAUAUUCACCUUGUUAUAUAAUGCAUUGAGCUGAUGAGUGAGUGUGACGGUUAAAUCUGUUCUUAGAAAAUUAAGCACUUUUAAAGAUGAGAAUAGAAAAUGUAAAUUUUUUAAAAAUAAAAAGAUUAAAUAUAUUUAUUUGAAAUGUAAUUGGACUGCAGACAUUUGUGCAUCUCAGAGUGAAAUGGAGUUAAUGUAGGAAAUGUAAUUAUUAUUAUUAUUAUUAUUAUUAUUAUUAUUAUUAUUAUUAUUAUUAUUAUUAUUGUUGUUGUUGUUGUUCAUAAUAAUAAUAAUAAUAAUAAUAAUAAUAAUAAUAAUAAUAUAUUUGAAUGUUUAUUUGCUGAAGCUUACAGAUUGCUUAAAACAUAAAGAUUACAAACAAACUAUGCUCAUAUAAAAACAAACAAAUAAAAUAAUUAAAAAAAGGAAAUUUCUUUACCAUCCGGAUACUGCUACUGCCCAGUUUAUUCAAUUUACUUUUCUUAAGGGGUUUUGGGAAUUUUUGUGUUUACAGUAUCACAUAAGAAGCUUCUGUAUAUUCAUGUUCCUUUGUUGUCCAAUACUUGCAUGUUUUUUUAUUAUUAUUAUUAUUAUUAUUUGACUAAUGAUUAAUAAAUAAAAUACUUGAAUAUUUCA